UUUAUUUCUAAAAGUAAUAUACAGAAUUUAUAUAUUACUCCUUAUAUCUAUAAUAUAUGUAUCAUUAUAUAUAUAUAUAUAUUCCACUGGAAAGGAAAAAGGUAAGUUGAGGAAGAUGAGAGGUUCAAUGGAGCACGAAGCUUCCGGAUUCGAGUCGAGUGAGAUGCUGGCCGCCUAUCUGGCCUCCACUCCUCUCCUGGAAGAGUCAUGGCGGAUGUGCUUCAAAGCCAACACCGCCGCGCAGCAGAGCUUCGCCGUGAAUCGCGUGGGGACGGUCACCUACGUGGCCUUCUCCGGCGUGCAGACGGUCGAUUGCUCGGAAGAGAGUUGCCGGAGCCUCGUGGAUAUGGAGACCGGAGCCGACGGAAUCUUCGGCGCCUUCUGUUGUGGCCGACGGGAGGAAGAAGAAGAAGAUCAACGGCCUAUAAUGAUCCACGGUGGCAUUCUGCAGUUGUUUCUCUUCUUUUACCGUUCUAGUACCUUCCAGCGCCAGAUGCACCAAAUAAUGAACGAAAGCAAGUCAGUUGUGGUCGCCGGCCAUUCCCUGGGAGGAUCAAUGGCUACCAUGACAGCCCUUUGGCUCUUGUCCCUGAUCCAAAGCACCUGUGCUACACUCAAAGUCCUCUGCAUCACCUACGGCUCGCCGAUGCUCGGAAACGAGGCGUUCUCCCAAGCGCUCCGCCGCGAGCGAUGGGACGGGAACUUCUGCCACAUCGUCGCGCCGUACGAUGUUGUCCCGAGAAUGCUGUUCGCUCCGGCGACCCCGCUCAUGGGCGAGUUUCUUGCACUCUUCCAGUUCUGGCAGACCUCCAUGGCGGAUCCAUCUUUCGCGCAAUUCGCUUCCCAGAUACACUACGAGAUCAAAGGCCGGGUAUUCGAUACUAUCCUGUCUUACACUAAAGAGAGGGCGCGAGGAGACGAGGUUCGAACAACUUCAUUUUGCCCGUCGGGGAGUUACAUGUUCUGCACCGACAAGGGCGUGAUUUGCUUGGACAACAGAGCAGCUAUCGUCACGCUGCUUUACUUGACAUUCGCAAAUGGGUCUGCCGAUUCUUUCGUCAUGGAUCAUCUCAAUUACGGAGAUUACAUCGGGAAAGUUUGCUGGCAGUACUUACAGAAGAAGAGUUUGACGGACGCGGGGAGUUCUAAGUCGAGCAGCGAAGCUGGGAUCGCAUUGGCCUUACAAGCAUCCGGGAUAUAUUCUCAGGAACCGAUGUACGGGACGGCGAAAGACUGUCUUGCUAUUGCAAGACAUUCGGGAUGUAAGCGCAGCCUCAACAACGCUAAAAUGGCUGUUUCCUUAGCCAAAUUCACUCCUCUGAGGGCUCAAAUAGAAUGGUACAAAACAUAUUGCGACGAAUCUGACGAUCAGAUGGGAUACUACGAUGCGUUCAAGCGAAGAACGGCUUCAAAGAGAGGUUCCAAGGUCAACAUUAAUCGUCUCAGGCUCGGGCAGUUUUGGGACGACUUGAUCAACAUGCUUGAAACCAAUCAAUUGACACACGAUUUCCAUAACACACCAAAGUACGUCAACGCUUCCCAGUUCUACAAACUCCUAGUCGAGCCCCUGGAAAUCGCCGAAUACUAUAGAACACUUAUGCACAAGAAGAAAGGCCACUAUAUCGAGCAUGGAAGGCCGAAAAGAUUCAAGGUUUUCGACAAGUGGUGGAGAUCAAGAAAAGUCGGAGACGAAGAAAGCAACCCGAGAAGCAGGUUUGCAAGCUUAACGCAAGAUUCGUGCUUCUGGGCUCAGGUGGAGGAAGCAAGGGAUAGCAUAUACCUCAUUGCUGGACACAUGGAUCCGGGGAAGCAUUCGGUUUUGCUGGAAAAAGUCGAAAAGUUUGAACAAUACACAAGGGGAAUGAUCGAAAGGAAAGAGGUUUCUGUAGAUGUACUGGCGAAAAACUCAAGCUACAGUCUAUUCCUAGAGGAAUGGAGAGAGCUAAAGUCCCAGCUACAGCUACUCCCGCCUCGAUUCCCAGCUUCACAAGACAAUAUGGUUCAGGACAUCAUUUUAGAAGGCGACGACACUUACUUGUAGGCUUUCCAAGCCGUGAACCUUGUGUUGUGCGCCUUGCGAUGUCUCUUUUAUAUAUAUAUAUAUAUAUAAGCUGAAUUUAUCUUUAGUAAAGACAGCUAUACCUCGUACGAGAACAGGUUUGUAUAUAUAUAUAUAUAUAUAAUGCAGGAAGAUGUCGAAAAUUUAAAUC